AAAAACGGCAUUCUCACGCCCCAAUUGUCCAGGCCGCCGAGGAAUUUGAAGUGGCUGCAAAAGCGACUCCUACAGCCGCGGGUUGAUUCCGACUGGACGCUCACAGGGGCGUACUAUCAGCGCUGGUACGACUUUCCCGAAUAUGCGCCUUUCGCUCAGGGCCUCGAGCAGCCUUGUCCCGGGUUCAUCCAAGGAUUCUCAUUGGAAGCUUAUAUAGACACGGAUGUUGAGUAUCUAAGUGCGGCGGUAUGUUAUAGAUCCGGUGGCCAAUCACUUACUCUCCCACACAUGGCUGGUGAGUUUGCGGUGGGAACUUUGGAAGCCGAAGAGGCGGCGGAUGCACGACAUGGCGCGGCGCUUGUUUACAUGAGAAACACUACUCUUUUGCAUGCCAAAAUGAGAAAAGACCCGGAAGAUGUGGCGGUGAUUAUUACAUUCAUCUCGGAUGGGCUGUUUAUCCGCUUCUAUGCACAUUACGAGUCCAAAGCUCCUGAUGGUAAGAUAGUAUAUCACCAAUAUCCUAUUCUGGCAGCAAACUUGGCGGCAUCAUACGACGAGUUUCUCCGAGGUGUUGCCAUGCUUCGCAACUGUCAAGACCUUGCUUUUGUUUUGGCCAUGGAAACCAAGAAUCACCUUGAGCAGUAU